UGUACAUCCACCUCAUCUCCAGUACAUACAUACAACCUUCUCAUGUCAAUACCUCACUCAUGCAGAUACCCAUAAAAGUACCAGCCACAAAUCCAACAUCAAAUUCUUCAAGAUGAGCAAAGACUCAACCCCAACCCACCUACACAUGCACCACCCCCGCCUAGCCGACUACUUCGAAGACUUCACGCGCCCCCACACCUCCGCAACCCCCAGCACAACAACAACAUCCCACCUCUACAACAACCAUACCGUCACCUACGGCUCCUCGUCCCCCACCCUCAUCCCCUCCUUCCUCCCCAUCGAAGACAUCUACGUCGCGCCGCAGUAUCAGCCCCCAAACCCCGAAGACGAGGAUGAUGUUGUCCCCGACCAGCAUGCUGCGUUUGGGAUUAGUAGGGCUAUGGAACGCCGGCGGGAGGCGGUUUGGAGGGAUUUAGGAUUAGAGGGGUUGGUGAACUCGGGGGGUGGAAAGAGCGCUGGGGUUAGGGUUAAGGAGGGGGGGAGGAGGAUGGGGGGGAAGAGGGUUGUUUGUUUACGGUGAUUUUCUUUUUUUCUUUUGGUUUUUUUGUGGAGGGAGAGGGAGACAGGGGGUUGGGAGGGGUUUCGUUGGGUUGGUUGAUACCCCUUUUGUUUCUUUUAUUUAUUUCGUAUUCCUUGUGGACUGUAUUGUUUCAUUAUCAUUAUGAUGCCUGACGCCCGCCUUAUACAUGCUAUGGUAUAUCUAGUUAAUCCAACGAGGCACUGCACUUUAGAUGCGGAUGACGUCUACCCGUGUCCGUUCGUACAGUUUGUGGCUGAUGUGUUUUUGUUCGCGUUCUUCGUCGGUGAUUUCUCGUGGGUGGAUGGCCAUUUGCGCGUAGGUUCCUGCUGCUCGGCGUUUGGAGAGCGUGCCUGGGUUGAUUACCAGGACGCUGUCUACUACCUGUUUGAUAUUGUGAGUGUGUGUU